UGACUGUUUGAGGCCAAAAAAAAAAAUAACAAAGGAAAAAACUUGUAAUCUCCGUUCUGUAUAGUGAAACUUCAUCGAAUCUAGGGUUCUAGAUUUAUCUCUUCGUUCUUCUGGGAUUUGUUCUUCUUCUUCCCAUCGAUCUCGAGCUUCCGAUCUUCUAAAAAGAAUCAAUCUUGGUACAUUUCGAGUAACAGAAACGAAAACGAGAGAAAUCAAACAAAACCCAGCCUAAUCGAGCUCGUCAGUCGGUGUACAACCCCUAAAUUUCAUGGCGAAAACUCGACCUGGUGUUGCUUCUUCGGCGAAGAGCAAGCUGAGCAAGAAAGAUAUCGACUCGUACACUAUCAAAGGCACCACCAAAAUUGUUAGAGUGGGUGAUUGUGUGUUAAUGCGUCCAUCGGAUGCUGGUAAGGCUCCUUACGUGGCGCAUGUUGAGAAGAUUGAAGCAGAUGCAAGGAACAAUGUGAAGGUGCAUUGUCGAUGGUAUUACCGUCCUGAGGAAUCACUUGGGGGAAGGAGACAGUUCCAUGGAGCUAAAGAGCUCUUCUUGUCUGAUCACUACGAUGUUCAAAGUGCACACACCAUUGAAGGGAAAUGUAUCGUUCACACCUUUAAAAACUACACAAGGCUUGAAAAUGUUGGAGUGGAAGAUUAUUAUUGUAGAUUUGAGUAUAAGGCUGCUACUGGCGCAUUUACUCCCGAUCGAGUUGCUGUGUACUGCAAAUGUGAAAUGCCGUAUAACCCAGAUGAUCUGAUGGUACAAUGUGAAGGGUGCAAGGACUGGUAUCACCCAGCGUGUGUAGGCAUGACCAUUGAAGAAGCCAAGAAGCUGGAACACUUUGUAUGUGUUGAAUGCAGAUCUGAAGAAGAUGGAGCCAAAAGAUCUCAGAACGGAUUUGCUUCAGCGCCAACCAAUGAUCUUAAGGUGGAAGCCAAGCGCCGGAAAAGAUGAUGGCGGGUAAGAGCCUCUUACGAGUGCUUGAAGCUCUUUGGGUGCAGAUUUAAGUUAAAUAGGGUUUUGUCUUGUCCGUCAUUUGAUGUUGUGAAAAAGAGAGAAAGAAGAACAAGAGAGUGUGCAAAGAGCUGUAUAGCCGAAAAUUUCGUGGGAAUAACGUAUAAAAGUUUCAAGGCACAUAAGAAAUUGUUUUACUGUGGAUUGGUUGUUUCUGAAAACCACUCCUCAGAGUCUGAUGAUAACCAGGUCGUUUUGUCAUAUACAAACACGGGAUUGUGAUAACCAGGCCGGUUUUCUGGUGAUAAAGUGAUAAACCGUAU